AUGGCAUGCUGAGUUUGAGAGUGGAGGAGGGAGAUGUCUUAAAAACACUGACCGGCAAUCAGACUCUUGAGAGAGAAAGAGCAGUGCGGCCCAGUCAACGCAAGCAUCCUCACGGCAGCCCAGCGGAGCUUCUGUGGACACUCAGGUUUGGACCUGCCAAGAUAAAAGAUGCUGAUGCCAAAUCUGGUACUGCUGGUGCUGGUGUUUGCCAAAUGGGCUGAGCCAUACAUUACCCAAAACAGAGAUGGAGAGCAAGACCCAUAUGAACCCAAAGAUAAUCGGAGAUCCACAGAAUACUACAGAGAUGGCAGUGGAACGGAGUGCAGGCGGUGCUGCGAUCCUGCAGAAGAUCCCCCUCAAUUUGCCAGUCCACAUGCACAGUACCAAAUUGUGCCACAGAUAAACAUCACUAUCCUGAAAGGGGAGAAAGGAGACACAGGCGAGCGAGGACUCCAUGGGAAAUCUGGCACAUCAGGAAAAAAUGGACCCAGAGGGCCCCAUGGUGUAAAGGGAACCAAAGGCAGCGUCGGUGCUCCUGGAGAAUCCUGUAAGUCCUACUACGCUGCAUUCUCUGUGGGCCGCAAGAAAGCCCUGCACAGUAACGAUUACUACCAGACCAUGAUCUUCGACACAGAGUUUGUCAACCUGUAUGGCCACUUCAACAUGUUCACCGGCAAGUUCUUCUGCUAUAUCCCCGGCAUCUAUUUCUUCAGUUUAAAUGCACACAGUUGGAACCAGAAAGAAACGUACUUGCACCUAAUGAAGAAUGAGCAGGAGAUGGCCAUUCUGUAUGCUCAGCCCAGCGAUCGCUCCAUCAUGCAGAGCCAGAGCCUCAUGCUGGAGCUGGAGAGGGACGAUCAGGUUUGGGUUCGUCUCUUCAAGGGUGAGAGAGAGAAUGCUGUGUUCAGUGAUGACUUUGACACCUACAUCACGUUUAGUGGUUACCUUGUCAAGGCAAAGUCGGAAGGCUAAAGAGAGCUAAAUCUAUGGACAGCAAAGAUUUCUUGAAUUCGAUGUUUUAGUUAUUCAUUUUUGUAAUGUAUUUUUGAAUAAUCUUGGCAUCUGAAGGUAAAGCUUGGUUUAUGAUCCAGUAUUAGAUUGUCACAUGUAUCUGAUAUUUUUUUUUACCGUGAGAGUGGUGCUUUUGGUUAUUGCUGAUGGUUAUUGUACUAUAACAUUUUAAACAAUCCAAAUCCAAGUUUUCAGUAAGUUCAACAGUACAAGACAACAGUACAUACAGUAUUGUGCAUACAUGGGUAAAGUUGAAAAUGUGUAAUAUAGCUUUUUUCAUGAACAUGCAUCCUUUUUAAAAUGGAAAAUAAUUAUUAUAAACAAACAAAAAUUGCAUUUAGAAUAUAUAUAUACAGUGCUGCAAAAAGGGGGUAUGCAGUAUAUGCGGCGCAUAGGGGCGCCACACAUGGGGGGCGCCAUUGUGCCAAAACUAUUUUUGAAAUUAUCCAUAUUAAAAGUUUUAUAUAUAUAUAUAUAUAUGUGUGUGUGUGUGUGUAUAUAUAUAUAUAUAUAUAUAUAUAUAUAUAUAUAUAUAUAUAUAUAUAUAUAUAUAUAUGUGUGUGUGUGUGUGUGUGUGUGUGUGUGUGUAUAUAUAUAUAUAUAUAUAUAUAUAUAUAUAUAUAUAUGUUAAAAAUGUUUAUUUAGCAUUUUAUACGCGUAUAAUAUUGUAUUUUAUUAAAUUAAAAAAAUCAUUCCACCCAACACCCCCCCACCCCCAUUUUUCAUACCAUAUACAUGUUUUUAUGAAUUUAUUAUGUAUCAUAUUGAUUCAUCAGGCCUUUUGGUAACUUCUUAGCUUAAAACUAUUUUAAUUUUAGCUACAAACAAAGUUAUAACAUUUCAAUUAAACAGAACAUUUGUUUGUUUCUGUUUUUUUUUUUUUUUACACUAAACAUUUGACAGUCUUUUUUAUUCAACUUUUAGCAGUUUCAGUCAAUUGUUCUUGCAAAGACAGACCUUACACUUCUCAGUAUGCAUGUGAGAAGUAAUUGCAAUGUUCUUUUGCCCUUUAGGACUCCCAUGUCUAUCAUUUUGUUUUGACAAAUGUAGUACAAAAAAUCCAAAAGCAAGGCUAGUCAAGGUGAUAUAAUCAUUUAGUGAGGGAAAAUUAAAUUGAUUGACUUAAUGUAAUUAUACCUUUUACUACUUCAUACUAUUUCAGUUGUGUUCAGAAAUGCGAAACUGUAUUUUUUGAAGCAUAUUGAUAUCUUUAUGAAAAAAUAUCUUUAAUUUAUUGAUGGAAAUAUUUUCCACAUUUUAUCACUUGCCUGUUAUAAAAUAUAGUUGGAUUGAAGGGGGGCACGUAAAAGUUGAAGCCGCAUACCCAUCAGUAAAUGUGCAGUUGCGCCCCUGUAUAUAUAUAUAUAUAUAUAUAUAUAUAUAUAUAUAUAUAUAUAUAUGUAUAUAUAUAUGUAUAUAUGUAUGUAUAUAUGUAUGUAUAUAUAUAUGUACCACACACACACACACACACACACACACACACACACACAUUUUUAUAUAUUUCCCAAAUUAUGUUUAACAGAGCAAGGGAUUUUUCACAGCAAUUGCUAUAAUAUUGUUUUCUUGUUUGUUUUAUUUCUGCAACAAAAAAGCAGCUUUUAAUAAAAACAUUUCAGG